AUGCGAUCCACCAAGCUUCUCCUCGGCAUUUUCCCCGCUGCCCUCAUGGCGUCACCCCUUGAGAUCAACAUGAUGGGUGUUGCGGCGAGUAAUGUUGACGUUACGGUCAAAUUCUGGGGCGGCGAUCUCUGUAAUGGCCCAGUUGACUCUGUCAGCCUUGUCGACUCCGGCUCCUAUCGAAGCCGAAUGGACAGCUUAAUGGACUGGGAGGAUCAUGAAUGUGGCACAAUGACUAGUUGGAAGAUUGACCAUAGCUAA